AUGAAGGUGAUCGUUAAGUCGUUUGAUACCCGAGUCAUAGACACAAAUGACUGUCCAACUGCUGCAGAUCUAAAAAUUUUACUGGCAAACAAAGACAAUUUGCCACUGGAUAACUUGCAGUUAUACAACUGUGGAUCGUUAAUUAGUGAUUCUCAAUCUUUGGUAUCUCUGUCGAGUGACGCAUCUAUCGAUGUCGUUGUUCCGGCAUUAGGAGGUAAGGUACACGGAUCACUUGCGCGUGCUGGUAAAGUUCGUGGGCAAACCCCGAAGGUUGAAAAACAAGAAAAACGGAAGUCUCCACGAGGUAGAGCUAAGCGUAGGAUGCAGUACAACAAGCGAUUUGUAGCAGUUGUACAACAACCUGGUGGCAGAAGAAGAGGCCCGAAUUCUAAUGAUAAAUGACCAAGUCAGUGGAGUGCAACAGAAAAGUUUGCAAGUAUCCCCUAACACCACAGGUUACUAAUAUCAAACGAUGCCACAGUGAGAACUAAUUUUUCUAAAAAUCACUUAGAAUAAAAACUAAGUAAAAUGAAAAUACACAACUUGUACAUGAUGACAGCAUUUGGAUAGUUAAUUUGAAUGAAAAUGGAUGUAAAGAAAUAUAUAAAGGGGCACCAUAUGACUCAGAGAAAAUGUGCACUGAAUUGCUCCCGUCUGUUUGUAUUAUGGUGCUUUCUUCCAGGUAAAACGGGUUUGUUAUUUCGUAAUCAGUAUGUAUCAUUGCAAUAAAUUG